AGACAACACUUGUUGAGAAACAACUGAGAAGCGAAAAUAAAACACAGUUGAGAUUGAAAGUUUUGAGGUUUUUAUUUAUUAGUGUAAAUUAAAAGAAAAAAAGAAAAAAAAUAAGUGAGUUUACUUCACUUUUCACUGUUUCGAGUCUUUCAACUUCUCAUAAUCACUCCACUCGCUCAUGUCUUCCUUCCCCUACGCCUCCCCAUAACCCCACCGCAACCGUCAACGCCGCCUGUCAUUACCCUAGUCAACCACCGAUUUUCUAAAUUGUGACUCAGAUUUUGAUUGAUCUCACAUGGGGGAACAAACCCCGGCACAGCUUCAAGCACAGGCUCAACCUCAGCCCCAAAGCGACUCCUCUUCCUCCACCCCGACCCAAGCGCAAACCCAAGCGCAAACCCAAACUCCAAAUCCGAGUAAUACUUCCAACGCUGCCGUGUCCACCACCGUCACUAGCGCCGUCGUGGCCUCCGCUCCGACGGAACUGAUCAAUGUCCCUCCUCAAACCUCAUCCCCUCCUUCCAAAAUCCCUUUCCGCCCUAGAAAAAUCCGGAAACUCUCUCCAGACCCUAACUCCGACACUAAUGCCUCCCAACAAGCAACGACCUCCGCAACAUCUGCAACGGAACCGCCUAAAACCGUCGCCAAAACUCCCAAAACAAAACUCACUCAACAUCGAGCCCUAGCGGUGGUUCCACGAAUCAUGGCUCGGUCCCUCUCUUGUGAAGGCGAGGUCGAAACCGCCAUCCGCCACCUGCGCAACGCGGAUUCCCUCCUCGCUUCCUUAAUCGAUCUCCACCCACCUCCAACCUUCGACACUUUCCACACCCCUUUCCUCGCUCUCACUCGAAGCAUUCUCUACCAACAGCUCGCUUUCAAAGCCGGCACUUCCAUCUACAAUCGCUUCAUCGCUCUCUGCGGAGGCGAAAACGGUGUCGUUCCUGAAACUGUUCUUUCCUUAACCGCUCAACAGCUCCGACAAAUUGGUGUCUCGGGACGAAAAGCGAGUUACCUUCAUGAUCUCGCGAGAAAAUACCAGACGGGGAUAUUAUCGGACUCGGCGAUUGUAAAUAUGGAUGACAAAUCACUUUUCACCAUGCUUACUAUGGUAAAUGGGAUCGGUUCUUGGUCGGUUCAUAUGUUUAUGAUUUUCUCGCUUCAUAGACCCGAUGUUUUGCCGAUUAACGAUCUUGGGGUUCGAAAAGGGGUUCAAUUGCUCUACAAUUUGGAGGAGUUGCCGAGGCCUUCGCAGAUGGAUCAGUUGUGUGAAAAGUGGAGGCCGUAUAGAUCAGUUGCAUCGUGGUAUCUUUGGAGGUUUGUUGAGGCCAAAGGAGCGCCUUCGAGUGCUGCCGCGGUUGCUGCUGGUGCUAGUCUUCCACCGCCUCAGCAAGAGGAGCAGCAGCAACACCAGCAGCAUCAGCAGCAGGCCCAGCUUCUUGACCCCAUUAAUAGCAUUCUCAACCUUGGGGCCUGUGCUUGGGGGCAAUGAUUGGCAUUGGAAACAGAACGUGUGGCAUUUGUCACAAUCCAUUUAUCAACUUGAAGGGCAGGCACUUCAUAGGAAAAUGUUCGUGUGAUAUUAUUGUUCAGAAAGGCAUUAGCAUUGUAGGCCGUAAGAGUCAAGUCUAUCAACUUUGGUCUGGUAAACCUGCUUUGAGAUCGAAUAAACACGCUGCCCACUUCUUUGGUCUUAUUAAAAAGGACAUCAUUUUUAGUUGUAACUGUCUCAUAUAGGACAUUAAUUAGAAUGCAAUUCACUGCUUGAUGUGGCUUUGCGUC